AUGGUCACAAGGACAGGCAACAAUGGUGAAGCAGGCGAAAGUUUCGAUGUAUGGUCCUACCGGGUCAGGCAUAGCGAUGGCAGUUGCAGGGGCAUGCAAGCUGACAAAGAUUGGGUCCGGGCAAGCCCAUUGCUGGACAGCCAAGAGCUCACAUUGAAGUACAGGGACGAGGAGGGAGAUCUAUGCACGCUAACAGCCAUGACCACAGAGGACUUCCUUAGGCCAACCAGGUCCUGCGCGGAGGAGCGGGUGCCCUUGAAACUCGUCGCCUUUGCCUCGCCCUGCAGGUCAUAUGCGCAUCGUAAGGAGGUGAAUGCCCCAGUUUCGGACACAGGCAGUCCGCUCCGAAGCAUGGCGCCAGUGGCGUUGUUGGCAUGUCUGAAAGGUAUGUAUUGCAGCGGGCGCUUGUCAGCGGGUGUUUUGGCCGCUCUCCUCUGCCAAUUUCUGCCCAUACUCGCGCAGCGUGUCUCUAGGAAGCAGGAGAAAAUCAAUCGGAAGGGGGCAAAGCUUCGGAAGGGUCCCGUCCUGCAGCUUCUGCGCAGUCUCUGUGAGCAGCUGGAGGCGAUUCCAAACACGCCUGCUUGCGAGGCCUUGUCUGGCUAUAUUUCCGGCACUGACACGGGGCGUUUGGGGGAUGGGCUGGCAGAGCUGUUAAGGUGCUUGGCAGCAUGCAAGUCUCGGACUCGUUUGGCGACGGCUCUUGUAGCAGUAGCAGACGAGGCCUUGCGAGUCCUACCCUUCUUGUUCCCCGAGUUCGGGUCGGCGUCACCCAAGCCCUGUGCUGCUUGGGCGGCGGCCGUGGUCGGCGCGCCAGUCCACGGAGGCUUUGCUUGCGCAUCCUGCCAAGUAGAGCCAAUUGUUGGGCCUCGCUUCGAGCUGGCCAGUAAAGCGAGCCUAUGUGGAGAAUGUUUCAUGAAGGACAGUUUGCAGGGGAGGGCCGAAGAGCAUGACUUCUCCUGCCAUCUGGCCCCCAAAGACUACAACGCGGAGGCUGCAUUGGAUGACUACUCUUGUGAUGGAGCAGAUGCAAAACUGAAAGCUCUUAGCCAACCAAACGGGCUCUUCCACAGUGCCCCGCUGUUACAAGCAGAGGGCGCUUCUCCUUGGACUCUGGGGCCAGUGCAAGUGGCUCAGUUUCUGAACUCCGCAACCCUGGCGUCAACUGCCGUUGCGGGCUUGUCAGCCUUCCUGGCUUAA